UUCGGCGCUGCUUGGGCAACGAUGGUGUCGUUUUUGUCGGCUGCGGAAUUCUGGAUCUUGAUCUUCAUCACCGCCACAGGGAACGUUCAUGCUCAGUGUCCGGAGAUCGAAUUCUCGAACUGCACCUGUUCCACGUCAGAAACCUCGAACCGCGCCGAUAAAUUCAGUGUUCCGUUAAGUACACGGGUCGUCAUCCGGUGUACUUCAGUGUUCAGCGUAGAGGCGCUGACGAAGCUCAUGAGGAACUUACGAGGCAAGAAGAUUGACGCCGUCCACAUCAUGGAUUCUCCGAUUGGUCCAGCGAUACCUGCGAACAUCUUCACGGCCAUUCCUCUCACCGAAGUGACACUCUCCAACGUUAAUAUAUCAUCCCUCAGCUCCUCGGGCUCCACACCUUUCCUCGGCCUCGAGCGAAGUCUGAAGUCCCUCGCACUGCGACACUGCAGCAUGAGCUACGAUGUAUCGCUGGAGAAACUGACUUCGUUGAGCCAAAUCGAGCAGAUAGAUCUGAGUUUCAACAGUCUGCAGUUCGUGAAAAGCCGCUGGUUCUCCGUACCGCCCGUCAAGUUGAAGUCUCUGAUACUGAAAGGGAACCACAUUGAAGCACUUGAGGACCAUGCGCUUCGGAAUGCGCGAGAGCUUAUCCAUCUGGAUCUAUCAGAAAAUCGGAUCCAAGGACUGCGAAGAACAAUGCUACCGGACAGCAUAGAAAUUCUUCACCUGGAGAACAAUCGCCUGGCGUAUCUUGAGGAUAACAUAUUUUCGUCGAUGUUGAAUCUAAGACGAUUAUAUCUGUCCAACAAUCGACUGCAGACGAUGAACCACAACACCUUCAGUCCGAUCUGGUUUAAAAUUCAGCCAGCCCUGGAACAAGUGGACUUGAGAGGUAACCCAAUAUACUGCGACUGUCAGCUGUCAUGGCUUUCUGAUACCAUCGUGCUCUGGCGGAACUCGCGGACUCUCCUGGGGCACUGCUCAGCACCCGAGCGGUUCAUCGGAGAUUCUCUCCGUUCUCUCGAUUGCUUCAAACUCCGUUGCGAAGGAUCGAACUGCACCCAGCUGUAUCCGAUCGAGCCCGAUGACUUCCUGGGAUCACCAGGAACGGUCGAAUGAAGAUCCCCCGGUCAUGAUAGAAGUCGGAAGCUUACAUGGAGAGAUGGGCUCCGGACGAAUAAUCAAGCGCUCCUUGGUCAGGGAUUCCCGCUCGAGAUUCCUUUGAUGUGGACUACGUACUCGAACAGACUAUCUC